UUGUGACAAAUAUAGACAAAUUCUGAAAAAUACACAGAAAUAGCCAUGACUGGUCAAACGGUCGUAUGUGGCCGCGUUUAAUUUGGUCUACGUGACAUGCCAUGGUGGAAAAUAAAAUUAAUUUUAUUUAUUUAUUAAAAAUUACCUUACUUUACCAAAUUAUUACCUUCUUUCAUAUUCACCAUCCCCCCUUCUUCUCAUUAUCGAGAACUCUUCGCAGUAGCACCAAUUCGCAGAACCCGAAUCCCUGUUACACCUCGAUUCCUCUUCGCCGGCGAUUGUCAAUCGACGAACACAGUCAUCACCGUCGAUCCAUCUCGCUAAUCGUUCUGCUCCAUCUCGCCUCUGUCAUCCGGUCCUUGAACUCCCCUCAAUUCCCAUCUCAAUUGACGAACAUAGAGGUAGCCAUGCAUCACCCCCCCAGGUUAAUAUACGACAUAAACUUCGCAUCCACUUGUUGCAGGUGAAGAGGAAGAGUCAGCGAAGGUCGAAACCAUCGAAUUCGACAAAACCCAGAAGACGAAGCGCGAACUGUAAUUCGAUUGUCGCGUCAUCAGCUUCUCGUCUCGUAGUGUUUUGGUGAGUACUCCUUGCCAUUCUGUUAUUCCUCGCCUCUGUUACUCCUUACCUCUUUUUGUGUUGUUGAAUGGGAAUGGUGGGAACCCUAAUCCGUAUGUGUUCUUUUAUAGGAGAAACUAAGCUGUAAAGUGGGAAAGCGAUGCGACAAGGGUUUGAAGGGACCACAAGGAAUCUGUUGGUCGUGAGAUUUCCCCUACAUCAUACGACAAGAAGCUCAAAGUUGUGGAUAGAACCGUCAUUGUAGUAUGACUAAUUCAUUGCUUUGAAAUUGACAGAACCGAAUUCCACGUCUUUAAUGCCACGUUGUUAUGAUGCUUUUUCUGUUAGUAAUUUGUUUAUAGUAUUAGUAACUAAUCAUUAUUUAAUUAAGCUUAAGGGUUUUCAUUUAGUAGAUAAUCACUUCAAGUUAAAUUCAACAAAUGGCCGAUGCUUGGGACAAAAUGAUCCAAAUCAGAUUGUUUAUGAAGAUGCUUCAUUGGAAACAGAUGGCGAUGCAAAUGCAUCCACUCCACGAGAUAUCUACCACAUUUACGACUCUGAUGAUGCCAUGACCUCCGAUGAUGAGUAUCACGAAGCUAGGGCUCAAGUAUGUUCCUAUGGGGAAGGGAAGAGGAGGAAGGUGAAUGCAAGGGCCUCUGUCGAUGGGGAAGAGGUAGAUCAGCUUGAGGAGUUUGAGGAAGAAGAAAUUAAAGACGAAGAGGAGGAAGGAGAAGCGGCAACAACCGAGGGUUCACAGCAUACAAAGGCACCUCCACAACCACCUCAGCAAGCUAGUGGAGAGGGUUCACAUCAUUCGAGUUAUAGAGGAUCUGAGGAGUCUGACCACGUCAGGCCAAACUUGUCAGAUGAGGAAGGUGGUGAUCUGGACGAUGAUGCACCACAUUACGAUCCCACAUGUGAUCACAAGGAUUUACGGUUUGUAUGCAAAAUGAAGUUUGCUAGUGCAGAGCAUUUCAAGGAUGCUGUGGUGUGGCAUGCUGUGACAGCUGGUGUUUGCCUGCGACAAGGAGGGAGGUGAAGUGCAAAGAUGGCAACUGCAAGUGGAAGCUUUAUACUAGCUGGGUCAGGAGGAACAAGUGUUUCAUGAUCAGGAAAGUGGGACUGCCACAUUCCUAUGCAAGAAGUCCCCGAGUUAAUCAAGUUACCGCCAAUCAGAUAAUUUCUGUCAUGCUAGAGAGGUUCAGAAUUAACCCAACAUGAGCACCAGAUCAGAUUAUGGCCGAGUUCAAGUUAAAGGACAACAUGGAUGUCAAGAGGAUAACUUGUUACGGAGCCAAAGUUGCAGCUAUUAAGAGGGUCCUUGAUUGACGAGUACAAGGGCCUCCAAAGUUAUGUGACUGAAUUAAUGAAAAGAGAUCCAGAUAGACGGUUCAUUCUGGAAGUAGAUCCACAUCCCGAUGGUGAUAAAUGUUACUUCUGAUGCCUGUUCAUCGGAUUCUCUAGCUUGAGGAUGGUUUUUUGCUUGCUUGUUGACCUAUGUUUGGGCUAGACGGUUGUUUCCUCAAGGGCGAAGUGAAGGGUAUGCUUCUUUCCGCCGUUGGGAAAGAUGGAAACACUAAAUGUUUCCAAUUGCAUGGGCUGCGGUGGAAGGGGAAAAUACCAACUCUUGGCGAUGGUUUGUCCAACUUGUAACUCUAGAGUUGUCUAAGAGAGAUGGAAGGGGAUGGACAGUGAUCUCGGACCAACAGAAGGUAUGGCUGGCUGAUGUCUUUUAAGUGCUAUUUCAUUCCUUUUAGUGUCCGUGUUAUGCACUAAUUAGAGUUGUUUCUCCGCAUGGUUGAUUGAGACGAUACAUGAAAUUCUACCCGAAAUUAAGCAUAAAAAAUGUGCUAGACACGUGUUACGUGUAUGCUAAUUGGAAAGCAAAAAACAAGACUGAUCGGGGUAGGAAGCUGUUCAGGAAGGUUAUGUAUGCUUGUAACGAGGUGGAUUGAAAAAAACACUAGUGAAAUGGAGGAAAUCCAAGGUAAUGGAGAUGAGUUUACACCUGACACUGAUUUUAUGGCUGCUGAACCAACCCAUUUCUGUCAAGCAUUCCUCUCCCCAGUCUCUAGGUGAGAUUCUAUUGAGUCUAACAUUUGCGAGACAUGGAAUGGGAGCAUUGUGAAGUAUAGGGGAUUCCGCAUCAUUGACAUGUUAGAAGGAAUUAGGGGGUACAUGAUGGAUAUGGUGUUAUUAAACACAUGAUGCUGCUAGAGACUAUGUAUAUUAUUUGUCCUAGGAUUAGGAAACGAUUGGAUAAGGACAAAGAGUUUGCUAGGUUGUGUGUGUCUAGACAUGCUUUGCUUGAUAGAUGUGAAGUGAAGAUGGCAGCUGAAAGAUAUAUUGUGGAUCUGAGUGCAAGAGAAUGUACGUGUGGGUACUGGCAGCUGAGUGGCCUCCCAUGUUAUCAUGCAAUUUCUGCUAUCAGCCACUUGAGGAAAGAUCUAGAUGAUUUCGUUCAUCCUCUUUACCAUGCACAUCAUGUGUCCAAGGCAUAUAAAGUAGGUCUGCAUUGUCUUGAUGGUAGACAAGCGUGGCCAGCUGCUUUUGAUUAUGACGUCCACCCUCCUAAGGCUAGAGCCAUGCCUGGCCGACCUAAAAAGAACAAGAGAAAGCCUGGAGCUGAGUUGGAGACGAGACCACAAAGAAGAGGUGAGGGUGAGGAAGUCAAUAGGCGAGGGAACUUGAUCUGUUGCUCAAACUGUGGAGCUUAAGGCCACAACGUGAGUUCGUGCAAAGCACCUCCUGCUGCCCGACAAGCAAGGGUACGAUUCAGAUGUUAUUAUUUGUUGAUUUUACCUAAUAAUAUUGAAGCAAUACU